AUGUCGAAGAUUUCAGUGAGGGUCGGGGUUGAGCGUUCGGCCGGGGUUCAGUUCGACGAAGGAAUGCUCGGGGUCGGGGUCGGGGUUGAGGGUUGGUUUAGACCAGACCAACGACAUUUGGAGAAUGGAGAAUAUGAGAAGGCAAAUGCUGAGAAACAACGUUUAGAGAAAAAGCAAAGAAUGGUAUGUAUGGGGCAUUUUUGCAAAAUGGCAUUUCAAGGAAAUUGCAAGAAAGUGGAUGGAAACCAAAAUAGUUCGAAAGAGAAAGUGAAGAUGGACCUUUCCGCUACAUGGGUCGGUAGUCCUUACUAUGUCGCCCCAGAAGUGUUACGGAAGCAUUAUGGUCCAGAAUGUGAUGUUUGGAGCACUGGGUUGUGGACUUAUAUCGAUUGUACCUGCUUUUUAAUGGAUCAAUCAGAAUUGGAGCAAGGAAUAUUUGAGCAGGCCACUUGGGUUCAAGUUGGUGGUGUUGCUCCUGACAAACCUCUUGAUUCCGCUAUUUUAUCGCGCUUGAAACAAUUCUCUACUAUUAACAAGCUGAAGAAAAUAGCCAUUAGGGUUGUUGUAGAAACCUUGUCUGAAGAGGAAAUUGCGGGUUUGAAGGAGAUGUUUAAGAUGAUAGGUGCCGAUAAUAGUGGACAGAUCACUCUUGAGGAACUAAAGAAUGGUUUGGAAAAGGUAGAUGCAAAUCUCAAGGAUUCCGAAAUAAGUGGACUAAUGCAAGCGCAGCAAUAUAGAGAGCGAAAUUUUAAAAAAUAUUCAGAAUUGAUUUCAUGUCUUCUAGUAGCUGAGCAGAAUAAUAAACUUUUAAUGAAAAAUCAUGAAUCUCGCCCAACUGGGUCUGCUCCAUUCCCUGAAGUGAAUGAUACAAUUGCUGAAAAUCAUAAUCAUAGUCGUAGUCGUGAUCAUAAUCGAAGUAAUAGACGUAGUCGUGACCAUAAUCAAAGUCGCGUUCGUGGUCGCGAUCGCGGUCGAAGUAAUGUUUGGUAUCGUAAUGGCUAA